CCUGUCCACAACAGUGGAUCCAGUGGCUACGGAAGUCUAGGUAGCAAUGGUUCACAUGAGCACUUAAUGAGUGUGGCGUCCUCCAGUGACAGCACAGGAAAUAAUAAUGAAGACACUCAUAAGGAUAAAACAGUGGUUUGUCAAGAUGCCCGGAAGGUCAAAAAUAAAGGACAGCGUAUAUUCACUGACAAUAAAGCAAAACUGGAAUAUAAGAGAGAACCUUUUGCAGAAAAACAAAAUGGUCCUGGUGGUCAGGUGAAAGAUGGAGUGGGAAAAGAUAAUGCACUAACAGCUGCUCCUAAAAAUGUGACCAGUGAAGAGUUGGCUUGGAAAGAACAACCCAUAUAUUCUUACCAACAGAUUAGCUGUUUGGACAGUGUCAUCAGGUACUUGGAGAGUUGUAAUGUGCCCGGUACAGCAAAAAGAAAAUGUGAACCUUCAUCAAGUGCUUCAUCACUGAAUUCUGGAGUUCAUGAACAAAAACCAGCUGAUAAUGCUGUACAGCCCUUGGGAGAUCCUGCUGUAUUGAAGGCAUCUGGUAAAUCAAAUGGUCCCCCAGUGGUCGGUGCUCACUUAACAUCUUUGGCGCUACCUGGCAAGCCUGAAAGUGUUGUCUCUCUCACAAGUCAGUGCAGCUACAGUAGCACCAUUGUUCAUGUUGGAGACAAAAAAACACAACCUGAAUUAGAAAUGAUAGAAGAUGGUCCAAGUGGAGCAGAACUCUUAGAUGGCCAACUUCUUGCCCCUCCAUCCAACUCUGCACAUGUAAAUCAAGAAAAGGAGCCAUUUAAAAAACUGGGACUGACAAAGGAAGUCCUUGCAGUGCAUACGCAAAAAGAGGAGCAGAGCUUUUUGAAUAAGUUUAAAGAAAUAAAGAGAUUUAAUAUUUUUCAGUCCCACUGCAAUUACUACUUCCAAGAUAAACCAAAAGGACGGCCUGGUGAACGUGCUGGCCGUGGACAAAGAAAUGGUACUUCGGGAAUGGAUCAGCCUUGGAAGAAAAAUGGAAAGAACAGGAAAUCAAAGCGCAUUAAACCACAGGAAUCUUCGGACAGUACAACUUCUGGAACUAAAUUUCCCCAUCGGUUCCCUCUUCAAGGUUUAAAUACUACUGCUUGGUCACCGUCAAAUACUUCGCAAGCGAGCUAUUCAGCAGUGUCUUUUCCCACUGUUAUGCCUGCAUAUCCACUUCCUGUUUUUCCAGCUGCAGGGACUGUGCCACCAGCUCCUGAGACUUCACUCUCUGGUUUUAAUCAGUUGCAAGACUCUGGAAAUACUUGUCCUAUGCAACCAUCCCAGUUCUCUGCACCCCUUAUGACACCUGUUGUAGCUCUUGUGCUCCCCAACUAUGUCUACCCAGAGAUGAACAAUAACUUACCUCAAACGCUUUACCAUAGCCAACCCAACUUCCCUGCCCAUUCCACUUUCUCUUCACAGACAGUAUUUCCAACGCAGCCACCAUUUGCUACACCCAGCCCUUUCCCACAGCAGGCAUUUUUUCCCACACAACCAUUCCAUUAUAAUCCAUCAGCAGAGACUGAAAAGGUUCCUGUUGCAGAGCCAAGGAAUGAACCAUCCCGUUCCUGCACUCCGCAGUCAGUGGGUCCUCAAGACCAGGCUUCACCACCUCUGUUUCAGUCAAGGUGCAGUUCUCCUCUGAAUCUUCUACAGUUAGAAGAAACCCCAAAAGCUGUUGAAAGCGGAGCUCCUGCAGGUUUACAUGGAGCUUUAAGUGAGGAAGGAGCCAUAGGCAAAAUCAUGACAACUGAUAACUGUAGUGGAAAGGGAUCCUUGCCAGCUGAAUCUCCAAUGGAUGCUCAAAAUAGUGAUGCACUCUCCAUGUCUAGUGUCCUACUUGACAUUUUACUUCAAGAAGAUGCAUGUUCAGGCACUGGUUCAGCUUCUUCAGGGAGUGGUGUAUCUGCAGCUGCUGAGUCUUUAGGGUCUGGAUCCAAUGGCUGUGGCACGUCAGGGAGCAGAACAGGUAGUAGUGAAACUAGUCAUACCAGCAAAUACUUUGGGAGUAUUGAUUCCUCAGAAAAUCAGCAUAAAACCAAAAUGAAGGCAGAAAUUGAAGAAAGUGAGCACUUCAUUAAAUAUGUCCUUCAGGAUCCUAUAUGGCUUUUGAUGGCAAACACAGAUGACACUGUUAUGAUGACUUACCAGAUACCUUCACGAGAUCUGGAAACAGUUUUAAAAGAAGAUAAGCAGAAAUUAAAGCAAAUGCAGAAACUACAGCCAAAAUUUACAGAAGAACAAAAAAGAGAGCUUAUUGAAGUUCAUCCGUGGAUCCAGCAAGGUGGACUGCCAAAAACUGUUGCUAAUUCCGAAUGUAUUUUUUGUGAGGACAAUAUACAGAGCAAUUUUUAUACAUCUUAUGAUGAAGAAAUCCAUGAAAUGGACCUUAAUGAAAUGAUCGAAGACAGUGGGGAAAACAAUUUGGUUUCCCUGAAUCAAGUCAGUGAAGAACAAACAUAG